AUUACUACAUGCACAAAAAAAUCUCAUUCUCAUUACUGCAAUGCAAAAAAAAAUCAAAUUCUCUUUACUACAAUGCAAAAAAAAAAUCUCAUUUUCAUUACUGCAAUGCAAAAAAAAAUCUAAUUCUCAUUACUGCAAUGCAAAAAAAAUAAUCUCAUUCUCAUUACUACAAUGCAAAAAAAAAUCUCAUUCUCAUUACUACAAUGCAAAAAAAAUCUCAUUCUCAUUACUACAAAGCAAAAAAAAUAAUCUCAUUCUCAUUACUACAAUGCAAAAAAAAAUCUAAUUCUCAUUACUGCAAAGCAAAAAAAAAUCUCAUUUUCAUUACUACAAUGCAAAAAAAAUCUCAUUCUCAUUACUGCAAUGCAAAAAACAAAUCUCAUUCUCAUUACUGCAAUGCAAAACAAAAUCUCAUUCUCAUUACUGCAAAGCAAAAAACAAAAUCUCAUUCUCAUUACUGCAAUGCAACAAAAAAAAUCUCAUUCUCAUUACUACAGUGCAAAGAAAAUCUCAUUCUCAUUACUGCAAAGCAAAAAAAAAAAAAUUCUCUUUACUACAAUGCAAAAAAAAAUCUAAUUCUCAUUACUACAAUGCAAAAAAAAUCUAAUUCUCAUUACUGCAAAGCAAAAAAAAAAUCUCAUUCUCAUUACUGCAAUGCAAAGUUACUACAAUGCAAAAAAAAAUCUCAUUCUCAUUACUACAAAGCAAAAAAAAAAUCUCUUCUCAUUACUGCAAUGCAAAAAAAAAUCUCAUUCUCAUUACUACAAAGCAAAAAAAAAAAAUCUCAUUCUCAUUACUACAAUGCAAAAAUAAUCUCAUUCUCAUUACUGCAAUGCAAAAAAAAAUCUCAUUCUCAUUACUGCAAUGCAAAAAAAAAUCUCAUUCUCAUUACUGCAAAGCAAAAAAAAAAAUUUCAUUCUCAUAACUGCAAUGCAAAAAAAAAAAACAAUUUCAUUCUCAUUACUGCAAUGCAAAAAAAAAAACAAUUUCAUUCUCAUAACUGCAAUGCAAAAAAAAAAAACAAUUUCAUUCUCAUUACUGCAAUGCAAAAAAAAAAAAUCUCAUUCUCAUUACUGCAAUGCAAAAAAAAUCUAAUUCUCAUUACUACAAUGCAAAAAAAAAAAAUUAUCUUUACUACAAUGUAAAAAAAAAAUCUCAUUCUCAUUACUACAAUGCAAAAAAAAAAAAAAAAUCUCAUUAAGUAAGGUGAAGUAAUUAACUAUGCUCUUGUCGUAUGGCAGCCAGCUAUGAGUGCCUAUCAUUCCAUUAGCACUCACUGUAACCUUCAUUAGAAAAAUCUCAUGAAAAUUGUAUACGUGUUACUGUAAUGCAAAAAAUAUAAAAAAAUACUCAUUAAUUUAAUGUAAUAAAACAGUUUCAAACUCAUUACUGUAAUGCAAAAAUUCAAAUUAUCAUUACUUAUAGGUUCUUUUUAGGGUAUAACUUUAUUUAAAAAGACACCACAACCAAGUAACAGAGAACCUUUCAAUUGUAAAAAAAAAAAAUUUUUUUGUUGUAUCUUGUAUUUUCUUUAUAAUUUUUAUGUAAAGCACUUUGAAUUGCCAUCGUGUAUGAAAUGUGCUAUGUAAAUAAACUUGCCUUGCCUACUAAAGAGAAAAAUCUCAUUCUCAUUACUGUAAUUUUUUUAUAUCCUUCUCAUUACAGUAAUGGAAAAAAAAAUAAUUCUCAUUACUUUAAUGUGAAAAAGUUUUAUUCACGUUACUGUAAUGCAAAAAAAUCUCAUUCUUGUUACUGUAAUGUGAAAAAAACUAAUUCUUAUUACUUUAAUGUGAAAACGUUUAAUACGCGUCAUUGCAAUGCGAAAAAGUCUAAUUCUCAUUAAUGUAAUGCUGAAAAAAACUAAUUUUAAUUACUUAAAUGCACGAAAAUUGGAUACUCGUUACUAUAAUGCAAAGAAAUUCUCAUUCUCAUUAAUGUAAUGCAAAAAAAACUAAUUCUCAAUACUCGUUACAUUUAAUGCGAAAAAAUUUCAUUUUCAUUAUUGUAAUAUGAAAAAAUCUCUCUUGUUACUGUAAUGCGAAAAAAUUAUAUAAUUUAAAUUAUAAGGUACAAUUGUAAAUAUACAUGUAGUGUAUUUGUUGUACUGAAAUUAAUUUAUGCUGAUUUCAUAUUUAAAAAAUAAUUGUGUCCGAAUAGGAUCAUUUUAAUUUCUAUAUUACAGUAAUCAAAUGAUUAUUUCAGAUGUUCUCUCAUUGUUUUUAAUGUCAAGUCCUGAUCAUUGUUACUAACUAUUUGUUUGAUCUGU